AUGCCUCCAGCAUGUACAUGCCUGCUGGGGGCUUCUAAUGUGGGAGACGGCGGCCAGUGCUCAGAGAAUUCUUCGGUGUCAACCGCGAGAUGUGAUAAUAAUCAUCGGAAUUCGACUGCUUCCAAGCUGAAGAUGUCGAUAGUGCAGCAAACUAAGUACUAUUAUCUCAUUUUUCCGAUUAUAGCAAAUUACAGUAACAUCUCGCCAUUAUCACAGUGCGGUGAUGCUUGUUUAUCAGACUGUGAUUGUGCUGCUUCCGUGUUGGCUGCUAAACAACUUGGAGUUUGGUGGAUUCGAGGACACGAGUUCGACCUUGUUUGUGAAGGACGACUCUGCUUCUUGUUAUACCACAGUGUGUACAGGAGGAGGGCCUUGAAGAGAGCCCUGGAAAGCCCCUUGAUUGUGUCCGGCGCUCCAAUAAAUUUCAGUUACUGUGAUUUGCAGUGCAGAACCGGCAAUUUGCACAGAGUUUGGGAGUGUAUACAAGAUGGGACAUUGGUUGCAGUGAAGAAGCUUGACAAGCCUCUUGGGAAGAAGGAAUUCAUAACUGAAGUGAAAACUAUUGGCUCUAUGCAUCACAUGAACCUGGUUCAACUCUGCGGCUACUGCUCAGAAGGCUCUCACCAGCUUCUGGUUUAUGAGUUCAUGAAAAACGGUUUCUUGGACAAGUGGAUAUUUCCCUCAAAGCAUUGUCGGGACAGACUGCUAGAUUGGGGAACUCGCUUCCAUAUAGCCAUUGCUACUGCACAAGGUAUUGCUUAUUUUCAUGAGCAGUGCAGGAACCGGAUCAUCCACUGUGAUAUCAAGCCCGAAAACAUACUUCUAGAUGAGAAUUUCUAUCCAAAAGUUUCAGACUUUGGACUAGCAAAGCUGAUGGGCAGAGAGCAUUGA